ACACGCUGCGUUGGCCGGAUUUGUGACCCACUGCAGCCGGAGCUCCAAUCUCCGCCUCCUGCGGCCGUUUCGAUUGGAUUGACGGCCGAUGGCCUUCCCGUGGGUGAACCCAUGAUGGAAAGGGCCCAGUGGAGCUCCAACAUCUUUUCGUCACUUCUUGUCUUGGAACAAACGACGAGUUCUGCAGUAGUUAUCUUAAAGUUUGUGACUAAAGAUUGGAUUUUUAUGAAUUUGGUUAUUGAUUGUGUGAAUCUGGUUUUGAUGGGUUUGGGUUACGAAAUUGGCUGUGAUGCGCGGGAUGCUGAUGAUCGGAUGCCUGAUCUAUGCGGAGUAGAGGAUGAACAAGGUGUUCAUGGUGGAGGAGAUGGGGGUGGCGCUGCCCUUGAUGAUCAGUGGACGUGUACUGCCCCAAGACCUGUGCUGCAGAUGAAGUACAAAUAUGAGGACCCAAAAUUUACUGAGGGCACUCGACGAUUAAUGGAGAUACUCGAGCAGGAGAGUCAUAUUCGUUUCCUACAAUAUUUAUAUUGCCGUGUUCUAAUCAAAUUAGAAUGUGGGUGUUUGGGAUCCAAUGACAGCCAUAAGGCUUUUUUUGGUCACCUAUCCUAUCCUGCAAUUAUUUCAGAGGAUUCAAGUGGUCCGACAUUCCUUCAU